AACUUAAUUAUCUGAUUGCGAUGGAGGGGUUUAUAUUUUCGCCAUACAAAUUUUAUCCCGGCUAUGGGCCCUAUGGUAACCCGAACCAAAAACCAAAGCAACCGAACUGGAUCAAAAAAGGCAUCAGCCCCUAUGUUGCGCCCGAGUCGGUGGAUUAUUUUGAUCUCUGCAAAAGAGCUCAGCUGAAGGCAAUACUCUCACAAGUAAAUCCAAAUCUCACGCCUCGGCUCAGAAAAGCGAACACUAGGGAAAUCGGGGUCCAGGUCAACCCUAAGGUAGAUGCCGUCGUUCAGUGUUCUCUGGGGCCGAGAACCCUAUUUUACCGCCAGACAAAGGGGCUGACCCUCAGACCCCCUAUUAAGAGCCUUUUCUCGUUUAAAAACAAAUUUAUGCCAAGUAUUCCGGUCAACAAUACUCGGUUUUCUCGACCCAUUGCAGUCUAUUCCCCGAUGUUCGAUCGUAGGUUUUUAACCCUUACCGAUAAGGCGAAACCCACUGAAAAAGAUAACUAUUCAGACUCUGAGGAAGAAACGCUAAACAAAGGGGAGCAAGAAAAUGCUGAAGAUAGUAAAAGCGACGCGGAAAUAAAGCGCGACGGAAAGACAGCAAUGGGGGAACAUGAAAGCGCACAGGAGAAGAAAUUCCGAUUCCAGUUUCUGGAACAGAAGUAUGGCUUUUUCCAUUGCAGUGAUUGCAAUAUCCGAUGGGAAAGUGCUUAUGUGUGGUGCAUUUCAGGAACUAAUAAGGUGUACUUCAAGCAACUUUGUCGCAAAUGCCAGGAAGGCUACAAUCCAUACAAGGUGGAGUCAAUCCAGUGCCAGACUUGUUCUAAGAGCCGCUGCAAUUGUCCCAUGAAGAAGCGGCACAUUGACAUUAAGAGACCCCACCGUCAAGAGCUGUGUGGACGCUGCAAGGGCAAGAGACUCUCCUGUGAAAGCACCUAUAGCUUCAAAUACAUCGUUUGAGCCCAGCGGGACGCGGCUGCACCAUGUACAGUUUUUCUUUCUAGAAUGCUUUAGGUUUUUUUUGACUGACUGGAUAAUGGCUAGAAGUUUUUUGCACUAUUUGUAUAUUGAAAUAAAGUUUUGUAAAUGUUAAAUAAAAUUAAAUUAUUGAUGCAAA